CCGGUCUGCUAUAGGUGCCAGCCUUAACACGGCUGUAGGUGGAGCCCGGACUGUACGGUAUGCCCUUCCGGAGUAUUAGGUACGGAAUGAGUUCAAAAAUUCUAUAGGUCCCCAAAAUGUACCCCAACGCAAUGAUCACUUUGAUCAGCCUAAUCUUCCAUUUAUCUGAUAUCAACUGUACAAAGAGAAACAAGAUUAUCUGAUGGGUACUAAUCUGACCUGUCCCGCAACGCAAUGAUCACUUUGAUCAGCCUAAUCUUCCAUUUAUGCCGCCUUAUAGCGAUCGUGUUGAUAUUUGCAUCACGCGCCGGCGGCUUAGGGAGUGAAGGCCACCAUGAUGAUACCGGCGGUAAGGGAACCACUAUAGAGCUCCAGGGCGGACCAGAGGAUGUCGCCUGGGUGGUUCAGCUAUCUGAUCUGCACUUUAGCUCCCACCAUCCAGAGAGAGCACUGGACUUCAAGCACAUUGUGGGCCCUACUCUCUCCAUGGUCAAUCCUUCCCUGGUUUUCCUCACCGGUGACCUAACCGAUGCAAAAAGCAAGGAUUUGCUAACAUCAAAUCAAGAUGAAGCGGAAUGGUUAGAAUAUCAGGAAGUUAUGGAAGAUGUCAUUAAAAAGAGUGGACUAAACAAGACUAAUUUCUUUGACCUUAGGGGAAAUCAUGAUACAUAUGGUGCAAGCAUUGGUAGUUCGUUUGAUUUUUACUCAAAAUAUAGCAUCAAUGGACAGCUAAGAAGAACUGGGCGGGUCAACAGUGUUAGAGUUCAGACCGGCACCUGCAAUCUACUUUUCGUUGCGUUUGACAGCACAAUGUCGUCAGGGUUACGGGGCCCAACUAACUUAUUUGGUCACCCAACUGAUCACCUGUUAGCUGAAAUGAACUCAGAACUUUCACAAUGGGACACUGCACCCGCAGCAUCUCUUCUGAAAAUUUCAUUUGGGCAUUUUCCAUUGUCCUUUUCUGCUGCAGCAUAUUCUGGGAGGACUUUGAAGGAUGUAUUUCUGAACCAAUCUUUGUCUGUUUACCUAUGUGGGCAUUUGCACACAACGUUUGGGAAGAAUUUAAAAAGGCUUCAUGAGAGGCCCAAACACCUCUCUAAGAAUAAUCUCAACGAAGCUCAUGGAUUUUGGGAGUGGGAAAUGGGUGAUUGGAAGAAGAGCAGAACAAUGCGUAUUUUGGCUGUUGAUAGAGGUUUUAUUUCAUUUAUAGAUUUAGACUUCAGAUUGAGGAUGAAGGAAAGUACUAUUAUAUUGCCUACAUUCCCACCUGACUCGCGUUUUGUUUUAGACAACUCCCCACCAGUGGGUCCCACAUUUUCCAGUCACAUAAGAGCUCUUGUGUUUUCUUCUUCACAAAUAGUGUCUGUCGUGGCCAGGAUCUACGAUUCAAAGCUGGGAAGUCUCAGUUUGGUAUCAGAGUCUGGAAUGAUGAAAAUGCAGAAUUCAUCCUCAUCAAGGGGGGACCUUUACAGUUGCCCGUGGGAUUUCAAUUCCUUUGAAGAUCCAUCGCCUGAGCGAUUUUUUUUGCAAAUAAGGGCGGUUGACAUCAGAGGAAGAUCAUCUUUGACUGAAUUACGGCCAUUCUCUGUUGGUCAACGUAAUAUGCUCUCACAUAAUUGGAAAGAAUUUAUGGUUAUGAUGUUUCAAUGGGAUGCUUUGUAUUACCCAUUAUUAUGGUCCCUUUACAUAAUUGUUCUUUCCCUUCUUCUAGUUCCAAAAACUAUAAUAUCAUUUUCUAGACGGCAGCUCAGUACUUAUGGUAUGAAUUUUAAUAACAACAGAGAACUAGUAAAUAAUGUCAGAUGGAUUAUGACAGAAUUAUACAGUGUUCAAUGGGUAUGGGUUGGCAUGAUUGGUUAUUUGUUUUACCUCAUAUUAUGCCCCUGGCUUUGUGGUCAAGGUCUCGCAGAAGGAGAAAAAGGAUACAUGACUUAUCGUGGUUGGGCAUUCAAUUAUUUCACAAAGGAGAAUAUACAAUUUGUAGGGUUUCCGGAUGUAAUGGUGGUUGUUAUCCCACAUCUUUAUGUCGUGGUGCUGCCUACUUGUCUCGUAAUUGGAGCAUUGAUUGUUGAAGCAGGAGUACAUCGAGAUAGCAAGCGUUUUCUUUCUGGUAAAAAAGAGGAUGAUUUUGAUUCCAAGAAGGGAUCCAAUUCUUUACCUCAUAGUGUGCGUUGGAUUAGGAAGGUCCUCAUGGUGAUAUGUUUGACAAUUUGUUGUGUCCAUUUCCUGAGUUGCCGAGUUCUUUUGAAAGCAUAUGAAAUGAACCCAUUCAUCCAUUUUCCAAUAUAUAGCAUUUCAGUCCCAUGGUUGCUAGUGUAUGCAAUCUACAGAACACGCAAGAGUUAGCACCAUUUUUUGCUUUUUGGAGGAAAGUAAGCCUCUCCCUAUGCAGUUGCACUUCUUGAUAGAAAACUUUUCCUAAAGUUAUUGAUUGGAUUUACUCAAAUGUAAUCUAAACUAUACUAAAUUGUAAUGACAGACCUGUAGUGUUGUGUUUUAAGCAUUUUUCGUUAGGAAAAUUUUACGGUGCACUCAUGUUUUGAACUGUUUUGGUGCAUUUCACACUUCACACAAUCUGGUCGGUUAUUUAUUAAAAAAAAUUAAAUCUGUUAAAAAUAUAUUUAAAUUGCAUCCAAGUCCCUCCUUAGUCCUUACCCAAUCAGUCCAGGUUUUAAGAUAUCGCUCCUCUAUUCCUUAUACGAAAGCAAAGAAAUGAGGAGAGGGGAAACGAAUUGAGGAUCAUUCCGUCGUGCAUUCUUCUGAUGGAAUAUUUAUAAACCAGGGCAAGAGAAACGUCAGGACACGAAGACCUCCACAUUUUCUGAUUCAAAUGAAAGAAAUCAGUGCGAGAGAAUGAAAGGAUUUUCCAUCCUCCAGCCAGGUUUUCUGUCUCUGGUUUAAAUUUUUUUUGCCUAAUUUUCAUUUUGAUUUAAACGAAUUGAACAGGCAUAUUGCCAAUUUUAUUGAAUUAAAUAUGUAAUUUUAUUUUCUUUAAAUGAUUCAAUAAUUAGUUUGUUUUCUUUUCCAUAUCUUAAUGAAAUUGUGAUUGGGCUUA